UGUCGCGUUGCCAUUGGUUAAUAUCCGGCGGACAUCACGCGUGGGCAUUUCUGAUUGGCCGGCGAUUAUUACAUUUUUACCUUCUUGUACCGGUGAAUGUGCUGUCACGUUUCAGAUGCAUUACAAGCGUUAAUUCGAACGGAUUUAUCUAAAAUAUUGUUAAUAAAUCGCCUUGUAUUGUGCGUUGACCUCAUAAAAGAUUUAUAAACCUAGUCAAAAUGAAGGAGUUCUAUUUAAUAAGUAUAGGUUUGUUUAUAUUCCUAGCAUGUAGUGUAAAAGGUGAUAUUCUCGAAGGACAAGGAACCGUUGAAGAAGUUGAUAUUGAUUUAGGAGCAAGUAGGGAAGGUUCACGAACAGAUACUGAAGCAGUGCAAAGAGAAGAAGAAGCAAUUAAACUCGACGGUUUAAAUGUAGCCCAAAUGAAAGAGCUCCGCGAUAAAGCGGAAAAAUUCCAAUUUCAAACAGAAGUAAACCGUAUGAUGAAGCUUAUCAUCAAUUCACUCUACCGUAACAAAGAAAUCUUCUUAAGAGAAUUAAUCUCAAACGCUUCCGAUGCUAUCGAUAAAAUCCGUUUGCUUUCUUUAACCGAUUCUGGUCAAUUAGACACCAACUCAGACUUAAAUAUUCGAAUAAAAGCGGAUAAAGAAAACAACAUGCUUCAUAUCACCGAUUCCGGUAUUGGUAUGUCAAAACAAGAUCUCGUAAACAACCUCGGUACAAUCGCCAAAUCUGGAACAGCCGACUUUUUGAGUAAAAUGCAAGAUGCGAGUACCUCUCAAGAUAUGAAUGAUAUGAUUGGACAAUUCGGCGUUGGUUUUUAUUCGGCAUUUUUAGUUGCCGACAAAGUUAUUGUUACCACUAAACACAACGCGGAUACUCAAUACAUUUGGGAAUCCGAUUCAGCCUCAUUUAGCAUCGUUGAAGAUCCACGCGGUGAUACAUUAAAACGUGGAACAACCGUUAGUUUACAAUUAAAACCGGAAGCAAAAGACUUUUUAGAAAUCGACACCAUCAGAAACUUAGUUAAGAAAUACUCCCAAUUCAUUAAUUUCCCGAUUUAUUUAUGGGCGAGUCGCACGGAGCAAGUCGAAGAAGUUAUUGAAGAUGAAGACAAAGAGGAAGAAAAGAAAGAUGUUGAAGAUGAAGCUGCCGUUGAAGAAGAAGAAGCCGAGGAAGAUAAGCCAAAAACGAAAAAGGUCGAUAAAACAGUUUGGGAUUGGGAAUUAUUAAACGAUAGCAAACCAAUUUGGACUAGAAAACCAGCGGAAGUUGAAGACAAAGAAUACGAUGAAUUUUAUAAAGCUUUAACUAAAGAUAGUGGGGAACCACUUACUAAAGUACAUUUUGUUGCUGAAGGUGAAGUUACAUUUAAAGCACUUUUAUUCGUUCCUAAAGUCCAACCAUCCGAAAGCUUUAAUAAAUACGGUACAAAAACCGAUAAUAUUAAAUUAUUUGUUCGUCGCGUUUUUAUCACCGACGAAUUUAAUGAUAUGAUGCCUAAUUACUUAAACUUUAUUAGAGGUAUCGUCGAUUCGGAUGAUUUACCUUUGAACGUUUCACGUGAAACUCUCCAACAACACAAAUUGAUUAAAGUAAUCAAAAAGAAAUUGGUUAGGAAAGUUUUGGAUAUGUUGAAAAAGAUUCCUGAUGAAGAGUACUUAAAAUUCUGGAAGGAGUAUUCCACCAACAUUAAAUUAGGUACAAUUGAAGAUCCCAGCAAUAGAACGAGAUUGGCAAAAUUAUUAAUGUUCUUCUCCUCAAACGGUGACGAAAUGACUUCCUUGGCGGAUUACGUAAAACGCAUGAAACCAAAACAAGAAAGAAUUUAUUACAUGGCUGGAUCAUCAAAAGAAGAAGUCAUGAAAUCGCCUUUCGUCGAAAGACUUUUACGUAAAGGUUACGAAGUUUUAUACAUGGUCGAAGCUGUUGAUGAAUACACCCUCUCUGCCAUUCCUGAAUUUGAAGGUAAAAAGUUCCAAAAUGUAGCCAAAGAAGGAUUUUCUCUAACAGAAGCGGAAGGUGGUAAAAAACAAUUAGAACAAUAUCAAGCAACUUUUGAACCUUUAACUAAAUGGUUGGGUGAUGAUGCUUUAAAAGAACACAUUGCAAGAGCUACUGUAUCUGAAAGACUUAGUGAUUCACCGUGUGCUUUAGUUGCCUCUAUGUUUGGAUGGACUGGAAACAUGGAAAGAUUAGCUGUUUCAAAUGCCCAUCAAAAAGCAGAUGACGCACAACGUUCCUAUUAUUUGAAUCAAAAGAAAACGUUAGAAAUCAAUCCAAGACAUCCAUUAAUGAGGGAAUUAUUGAAAAGGGUUAAUGAUGAUCCAUCAGAUCCUGCAGCUAAAGAUAUGGCUUUGAUGUUGUUUAGAACAGCAACUUUAAGAUCUGGAUACAUGCUGAAAGAAACGCACGAUUUCGCUCAAAGUAUUGAGGUAAUGAUGAGAAAGACUUUAGGGGUUUCACUGGACGAACAAGUUGAGGAGGAGGAAGAUGUUCCAGAGGAUGGUAUUCCCGACGAAGAAGCGGAACAGGAAGUCGACGCUGAAGCCGACUCAGAAGAUCAUGAUGAGUUGUAAAAUGUGUUAAGAGAUAAUAAUUUUUGAGUGUGUUUUAUGCGUGAAUGUGUUAUUAUUUAGACCGUAAAUGAAGACUGUUAAUUUUUCUAUUUAAAUAUAAUAUAAAUAUGAACUUAAUUUGA